AUGGCCCUCAAGAGUAGCCUCGUCAUCAUCGCGGCCGCCGCGCUGGCGUCCGUCACCGCCAUCGACUACCUCGGCGGGUGGGUUUUGCCUGCCAAGAAGGAAUGCGUCGACAUUUGCAAGCACUCCAAGGCCGCCCCCAGGUGUUUCAACACGUCGGAUACGGCAUGCAUGAGUAAGAAGCAACGCCCAGGCGACUACGACUACCUCCUUUUCGACCAGAUAUUUGCCCCCCAGUACUGCCGCGACCUGCUCAACGGCAACGACUCCACCAUCACGCACCAAAACGUCAACCCGUACCCACUGGGCAUCCAGUGCGAAGUGAGCCGCACUCCCAGUGCUCUGUACGUCCACGGGUUGUGGCCCAACUACAACGGGGGAUUCCCCGGCUGCUGCAACGUAUCCGACACCACAACCAACCAACCGUUCGACGCCGACACGUUUGCAACCAAGUACCCCCAGUUGUUUGCCGACAUGGACAAGCUCUGGGUUGACCCUGCCGUGAACACGUCAGCCGAAGGGCUCUGCCAUGCAUACAACCACGAGUUUCAGAAGCAUGGCAUCUGCUACCGCGCGUACGAUGAUGACUGGGACCGCGCCGCCAAGGACUACUUUGAGUCGACGCUCGAUGUGACCGCCCGAGUCAAAGUGCCGUCGGACCAGAUCGCCAAGUGGGCCACCGACAAGGCCACCGCCACUUUGGACCAAAUCGGGGGCUUGUACAAGCGCAAGGUCGCGGUGCUGUGCUCCAAGUACGACAAGGAAAAGACCAACCGGUUCCUGGCCAUCCGAACGUGCUGGAGCAAAGCCCAGGACUUUCAAACCGAGGGCGCGGUCCCGGGCACCCAAAUCGACUGCACCCCCACCAAGGGCGCCGACGCAUGCGACCCCACCCAACCCAUCACGUUUGAGGAGUACGUCCCCCCCCGCCCGCAAUGCUAA